AUGGCGCCCAUAACACGCCAUUCAGUCAGAGGUAUAGCCUCCGGCUCGGCCCUUCACCGGGGCCAUCACCGGGCGCAAGUUAUAACCGCAUCUGCGAAGACCCACAGGCACCGUAAACCGAAAAAGCCAGAUAAACAGACAGAAGGGGAUCCAGGCGAGCCAAACGCCCCGCCUCCAGCUCCAACGCCUUCAAACAUGGACAUGGAGGUGGAAACUGAAGCCUCAAUGACCACGCUAGAGCCCCAGAGCCCAAAUGAGCAACUAGAUCUCGAGCUCACAAAACACGCCAGCAUCGCCCUACAAGCCCGGGCUGAGAGAGAAAAAGAAGAGGACAAGGAGAUAUUGGAGCUGCUAACUCUACUUGACAAAAAAGUCUCCUCUAUGAAACAGAGAAGCCUAGACAGGGCCUCCUCUUUUGGCAAUGCCCUCCAAAGCUUCGUGCACAACUAUUUCACCCAUUCCGGCACCAGUGCACGUGACCAAACCGCCACAGCCAACCAGGCCCCAGCUGGGGCUCCCCAAACAUAUGCAGCCACUGCCACCGAACCCAGUUCAGACAACAAAACUACAAGGAAACCCCAUAACACACCCCCUAAGCCAGAAAGGCCCCUACGCCUUUUCCUCCGGCUCCCAACAGACCACCCAGCCCGUCACGCCAGCCCACAUGUGGCACUACAAAAGCUACGCAGUAGCCUGGAUCCAGCGGUCACUGCUACCAUAAAAGAAAUACAACAUAUUCCCACAGGACUCGCCAUUGGACCUAAAGACGCCCAAAGCGGACAGAUCCUGCUCAACAAAAAGGAGGAGAUACAACAGGCAAUCCAAGGCUCUAACGCAGAGCUAGAACAGAGAUGGGCAAUCUUUGUCAUUCCCAGUGCCAUCAAACAAUACAUUGGCUAUGACGGUUCUAUUGUCACUGUAUCAGAGCAAGCAGCAAAGGAAGAAUUCAAGCUGCAGACAGGCACCAUGCCUCUAAAGCUACACUGGUCCAGGAAGAGCCAAGAACAUUCUCUCAAUACAGACAACACAGCAACAAUGGUCCUGGCAGUGCCAGAGACCUCUGCCCCCAGGAUCCCGCCUUGGAUCCAUUUUUUCGGCAAGAACCUCCGCAUUAGGCGCAAGAUCAUAACCCCCAAAGUCCAACAAUGUGCUGUUACAGACCUUGUCGUGUUAGACUCACGUGAUGACGCGGGGAGUUAA